AUGCCCCGAAGUGAUCCGGCUCUCGACAUUGACGAGCAGUCACCCCUCAUUGGCGCCGAGGACACCUCUGAAAAUGGCGAUGUCGACGAAAGGCCUCUUUCUGAGGCCAUUAAUCUCGAAGACUCCUUUGUAGAGUCAAAGAGCUCCUGGUAUCUUGCCUUACUCACAAUCUCCAUUGGAGGCCUGCAAAUUGUUUGGUCAGUCGAGCUCUCCAAUGGCUCACCUUACCUCUUGUCACUUGGGAUGAGUAAGGCUCUGGUCGCAUUUGUCUGGCUUGCAGGACCCCUGACUGGGGUUCUUGUCCAGCCUUACAUUGGUAUUCUGAGUGACCGAUCGAGAAUUCCUUGGGGCAAACGAAAGCCUUUCAUGGUUGCUGGUGCACUAGGGACCGUGGUGGCGUCCAUCAUGCUUUCCUACGCCAGGGACAUUAUUCGUGUGAUUGGCGGUCUAGCAAAAGACGCCAAUUACGAUGGAGGAUAUAAGACUGCAACCAUUGUUCUGGCCACCAUCAUGAUGUGGUGUUUGGACUUUUCAAUUAACACUGUCCAAGCUGGGAUUCGUGCUUUCAUAGUCGACAAUGCCCCAUCCCACCAACAGGAAUCUGCCAAUGCAUGGGCUUCCAGAAUGACCGGGAUCGGCAACGUACUUGGUUAUAUCUUUGGCUAUCUCAACCUACCACAGUAUAUGUCAUUUUUUGGAAACACCCAAUUCAAGGUGCUGGUGGUGAUUGCCUCAAUUGCGAUCACCUCUACAGUUCUGGUCAGUGUCCUAUUCAUCAAAGAGCGUAAUCCACGUUUAGACCCGCCCUCAAAAUCCUCCCAGCAAUCUUCCGGAUUGAUUGCAUUCUUCAAACAAGUAUUCGUGUCCAUCAAAAGGCUUCCACCCCAAACAAAGACGGUAUGCCAGAUACAAUUCUUCCAUUGGAUGGGCUGGUUCCCUUUUCUCUUCUACAUUACCACCUACAUCGGGCAACUAUAUGUCAAUCCUUACCUGAAGCCGGGCCUGUCUGAUGACGAGGUCAACAAACUGUGGGAUAAGGCAACGCGAAUCGGGACCCUGGCAUUGUUAAUAUACGCCAUUACUUCUUUUGCCUCGAAUCUGAUUCUUCCAUUCUUGGUGGUUCCGACCUACCGCGUUGAAAUCCCUCAAGACUCCGAAGAAAUUCCCCGCCCCAUAACUCCAACCUCACCCGUUGGGACCAGAGAAAGAACCGCCUCGUGGGGAGAGCUGGCAAUGGUGCACAGUCGAUCACAGUCUAAUCGUGACAUACGUCCAGCUCUCGGUCAUUCACAUCCUAGAAAGACCGGCACUCAACAAUCCCAAAGCGUCCUUCAUCGCUGGUUGGAACGUCUACAAAUUCCUGGCUUGACUUUAAGGAGAGCUUGGUUAUUGUCACAAUUUUUAUUCUCAGUAUGCACAUUCAGUACGUUCUUCAUUUCGACUCCACAAGCGGCUACCGUGAUGACUGCACUGAUCGGUAUAACUUGGUCUUUAACCCUCUGGGCCCCCUUCGCCCUGAUUUCAGCUGAAAUCUCUCGAAGAGAUGAGAGGAGACGACGUAUGGACCGUCAAAGACUGAUAAAUGGUCCGGAUGGCGCUGAGAGCGACACAGUAGAAGAGGAGGAAGAUAAAGCGGGAAUCAUUCUUGGUAUCCACAACGUUGCAGUCAGCGCGCCCCAGGUUUUGGCGACUCUCGUAUGCAGUGUUGUAUUUAAAUUGCUUCAGAAACCGAGAAAUGAACCAGGUGAUGUCAGUGUCGGCUGGACGUUGAGACUAGGUGGGCUUGCCACUUUGGUAUCGGCCUUCAUCACAUGGAAGAUGAAAGAAGUUGACAACGAGGAUGAAGAUAAAUAA